AUGUGGAAGACUCGCAAAGGGUCGAAUACCCCGCUGACGGAGGUGACUUCGGGGGACAGCGUGUCGUUUGACUAUAAAGCGUGGAAGGAGGAAAAGAAACAAGCUGAGGAGAGGCUGUUUGAGACGUUACAGACGACGAUUGAAGAUCGUGAUCUUGAGGGAUUUCGGGUGUUGUUUCGAGAGGGUGUAAAUCAGUUGUGGAGCAUUUACCAGAAGCUGCCGGAUCGGAAGAGUGACUGCAGGUUGCAGGUUCGCCAGAACGAAAAGGUUCAAAACUUGUUUGCCAACAUUUGCCAGAGGGAUGGAAGUGGCGAGUUCAUUGAGACGUUUCUGCGAGAGCUGCCCAUAGUGAACGAUGAAAUUCAUCAGCAAGCUAGAAAGGACGAUCCCAGUUUUAAUCCGAGGAAGGAACCCAAUCGCGCCCUUCACAUAGCGAUCCAGGCGAAAGCGUUCGAGAACGUGAAGGUUUUGCUGCAGCAAGAUGAAGUCGACGUAAACACGCUGUGGAAGUUGAAAAAGUUCACUCCAAUCAUGAUGCUGUUCACCGUGGCGAGCAGUGAUAAUUUGAGCGAAGUUAGUGAGUUGCUAAUAACGUUAGCGGAGGAGAACGCUGACAUCAACAUCGGUGACUACCGGUUGCAUCCACUGUCGGUGUUGUGCCGAAACGAGAACCUAACCAGUGAAGAGAAACGAAACCUGCUGGAGAUUUGCUUGGCGCAGUUCAACUGGGUUGGUCGUGGAGGUACAACCGGCCGAUGUGACGCCAGCACUGUUGGAGUCUUUCAUCAUGGAAGGAAGGAGGUCGAGUUUGGUCAACGGUUUGGUGAAUUCUUUGGCAGUAGUUUGGGCGAUGACCUGGGAGAUGUUUACAGAAUGUUGAAGCUUGCGGCUUCAAAAGGCCGCAACGUUUGCGUUGAAGUCAUGUUCAAAAAGUUGAAAGAAGGUAAAAAGUUCAGUGAUAGCACGAUUGAUCAAAUCAACCUCUCAAAGCAGCUUAAGAUCAUCUGCAAAAAUGGCUUCUCCAGAGUACUCAAGUUAUUCCUGGACAACAUCAACUCACGGAUUUGCAACAAGCAUCCCUUGCUGCUAACUGCAGUACGAGAGCUGUACAAAAACAAGACUCCAGCAAGGCAGAAAUGCUUCGAACUUCUCCUGGAAGAUCGCCGCGUAUCCGUUGAAGGUUGUGACGAUAGCGGCCAAACUGCACUACACUACGCCGUCCAGCACGGCAUGGACCGGGAAGCCCUGGAAAUCAUGACAAAGCGAACGCCGUACUUGGGAAGUACCAACCGCAACCAUGAGACACCACUGCACUCGAUGAACCCCGAUAUUCUGGGUGCUUUUCUGGACUCUCGCGUGUUGGCUACAGCUGAGGAGUUACAGCUUAACCUUAACGGAUUGCUACCGUCCAAGCAGAAGACCAACUGCUCAGCGUCCGAAACCGACUUGGUUUGGUACCUGUCAGAGUCAGAGAAUCUCAGACCGUUACUGAGGCACCCGGUGAUCAGCACUUUGAUAAGAAUCAAGUGGUUGUUCAUGAGGUGGCUAAUCUACGUCAUGAUCGUCACAAGCAUUGCGUUCGCUACCUUCUUCACCAUCUACUCCGUCCAAAACAGCCUAAUCGCUGAAAUAUUCUGCUGGCUACUCCUAUCAUACUACUUCAUCGUCGUGAUCACAACCUCGAUCGCCGGAGUCUACGACCUCCUAUACCAACAGCCCCAAAGACAAGCGAUCCUCCGCCGUAGUCGCUUCCAAUUCCCCAAAGGAUUCGACUUCUUCCACUUGCUGAACAAGUUCCGAGAAAUUUCCAUCGUAAUCCUGGCCGUUUGGAGUCUGUGCAGUCCAAACCGAACGACCUCUGCCCUGCUGAUCCUGCUCACUGGAAUCGACGUCAUCGUACAUCUGGGACUGUUCCCUUCAACAGCCCUCUCCACCAGCAUCGUAAUGCUGGAAACCGUCAGCAGAGGCUUCCUGAAGAUCCUGCUGGUGUACGCGAUCCUAAUCGUGUCGUUCGGGUUCAGUUUCUACGUAAUGUUUACCAAGAGCAGCGGCGCUGCAAACGACGCCGAUCAACCCAGCACCGGCGAGGACUUUAACAACUUUUCCAGCAUUCGAGGAUCGCUGGUAAAGUCACUUGUCAUGAUGAUCGGGGAGUUUGACGCCUCGGAGAUUCCGUUUGACAGUCACGCCCUGAGCUACUUUAGCUUUGUGACGUUUGUGGUGCUGGUUACGCUGGUCGUUGCGAACCUCAUCAACGGAGUGGCCGUCAACGAUAUCUCGGAAAUCCGUCAAGAAGCGGAAGUCGCCGCCCUCGCCAAAUGGUUAGAAAACCUGCGACGUUUCGAGAAGAUCUUCUCCCACUUUGAGUGGAUCCGGCGGAGAACGUCCUUCUUCUAUCGGUACGCACCGUCCGUCAGCGUGCGACUUCAGGAGGGCAACAUCAUCGUGCUGGCGAGAAUCGCCACCGCAGGAAAAUCUGCCAAAGAUAGUGAAGAAACUCUCAACAUCUUCCCGGGGUGGGGCUUCUUCUGCCAUUGCAUCGAUCCGGACACCUGCAGUGCCGCGAAGGAUAUCGUGAGGAGGCAGAACGCUGCCGGAAUCGGGGCUGUGCCGCAGGAGGAGUACGGGGAGAGGUUGCUACGGUUGGAGCAAAAAGUGAUGAAGCUGAACGGUGCUGAUGCUGGAGAGGGGAAGAAUUUUAGGGAAUCUGUUAGGAAUGGAAGAGUUUGAAGAAGUAUUGAUCCAUUGCCAAGUUGGUCAUAAAUAUAAUUGAGUAAAAAGUAAAAAGUAAAAAGUAAAAAGUAAAAAGUAAAAAGUAAAAAGUAAAAAGUAAAAAGUAAAA